UAUAUAUAGCUUAUUCUUAAAUUUCAUUAGUUCCAAAAGUUUUGGAACAGAAUUUUUCUCGCAGAAGAACAAGCCUCCGAUAUGCAAACUAAUUCUGUUCCCACUACAACUCUCAAUCACCAUACCCCCACCACUCCAAUUUCCACCCUCCUCUCCCCAGCUGCUGCCAAUAACGGUGGUGGCUUUGAUCCACCAUCAACGUCCGUCAAUGGCUCCUACCCGCCCGGAUUGCGAUUUCGCCCUACCGACCCUGAGCUCAUCCUUCACUACCUUCACAAUAAAAUACUGAAGGAGCCCUUGCCAUGUGACAAGAUUCAAGAUGUAAAGUUGUAUGAUCAUAAUCCCGAUACCCUAACAGAAUUGUACAAGGAGUAUGGAGAGGAUAGCUGUUGGUAUUUCUUCACGGCCAGAGACAAGAAGUAUCCAAAUGGACAAAGGCCAGAUCGAGCAACCAAAGAUGGAGUUGGAUAUUGGAAGGCGACGGGCGCUGACAAGAAGAUCAAGUUUGAAGGAACCCUAAUUGGAAAGAAAAAAUCUUUGGUGUUCUGUGAAGGAGAUCGCAUCAAGAAUCAGAAGACUGCUUGGCUCAUGCAUGAAUAUGAAUUACUCAAAGAAGAUUCUUCUAAUCAAGCUAGGAAUAACACUACUGCUUCUGAAGGUAAUGACAUGCAGUUGGAUCAUUCGGUUCUUUGCAAAAUAUAUAAGAAACAUGGUAAAUCAACCAAACAUCAUCCUAGGAAUGAUGCAAGAAAUGAGACUGUCUUGAAGGAGGUUGAACAGCAUAAUGGACAGCAGUCUGAUUUUCGGGGACUAGAAAAUUUCAAUCAGCCGCAGCGACAAGAGGUUAAUCAUAAUCUGUUAGGCUAUUCAGAUAUCCCGUUUUCUGACUUCGGAGAGGAGGUGGAAGCUCACUUUGGUGAUCCGGAGGCACAAUGUUAUAGCCUACAACAGUUACCUGAGUUUUGUGAUCAACCUGCUUUUAAGGAAGAGGAUUACUACACAUUGCCCCCUCCCCCAGAGUCUCUUUCUUUAGUUGAUGAUCAUCGUGGGACCAAAAAUUAUAGUAGCUCUCGUGAGCAGUUCUCAGACCAUGGUCGGAUCAAUCGAAUUGAAUCGGAUAUGAACACCCCUACUGGCUAUGGUGGUAUUCACGCUCCUCAGUUCAUUGACUUUGACGCUUCCAAGUCCAGCAGUGUUUAUCAGCGUCAGGCCAUUCAGACCGUCAAUGUUGCUACUCAUUCCACCGACGCUUGUGUCUUCGUCAGUCCUUCAGAGCAACUUAAAUAGCUUAUUGUUUCCUUCUCAUAAAGCAAAAUAAUUAGCUUAUUGUUGUGUGUGCUAUCUUAUUUACUAAUUAAGAUUAUACAUCUUAUAUAGGAAUUUUUGGAUAAAACUUGCUUCUAGUUAUAAGGCUGGUUUAUUAUUCUUUUAGGUCUGUUUUUUCUGUAGGUAGUAUGAUCUUGGUUUCAUGAAAGGAGCAAUUUCUUAGCAUAUGUAUUCUUGUAGCUAUUAGCAAAGCAUUUAUUAUUAUUUAAAAAAUCUUAUAAAUAUAUCAAUUGUUA